AUGAGCUGCUCAUCGAUCCAGCACGAGAGCGUCAAGCGCCGCCACGCCAGCGGCGCCAAGAAACCAGAUCUCUCGCCUCGCUCCUCGCUCAACGACAACACCAAGCCCAUCAAGCCGAAGAAAAAGGCGCCCGUAGCGACGUCGCCUGCAGCAGAAAAGAAGUCGAUGCGCACAGCGACGGACGUCAUUCACCGCAUUCUUUGGGACGAUAGCAUCACGCAAACCGAGGUCAUUGUCGGGUACCUCGAUCGCUUUGUUGGCACGGUCGAGCGCAACUUUGCAGCGUUCAAUUGGGCCGACAUUGCGACCUUGUCGCAGACCGAGACGGCGAUCCCGCAGCACCGGAUCCAGUACUUUAAAUGGCGCGACGAGAUCAUUUGGGACAAGCGCGUGCGCCUCGACCGCGUCUUUGGCUCGUCUGGCCACGACGUGAUUGCGUUCUCGCCGUCAACGGCCGCCCCUGCACCGUUGUCUGCCGUCGCCGCCGAGAGACCAGCCAAUGUCACGUUCCACGCCAACACGGAUCGCCCAAACACCUUUUUGUGCUUUCGCAUCACGGACACCGCCGUUGUCGACACCUGCAAGCACGCCCAAGCCGCGAUCGUUCGCGGCGACCCGCGACUAGCACCGUCGGCAGCGGCGGCACUCGCACCGGCGCGCUUCCACUGUACGCUUGUACGACUGCGCCUCCACUCCCUCAACGUUGUGCAGCGACGCAAGUCCUGGUUUGGUGAACGGAGGUUGCCGAUCGCCAAGCGCGUUUUAGCCGAGUGCCAGGGUUUACUGCACUCUCUCUGCGCAUCCAGCAUUCGCAUUCACGGCGUCAGUGCUUUUGGCAACCGCGUCGUCUACGCCAAAAUGGCGCCGCACGACGGUCUCAUGACCCUCGUGGCGACGCUGAAGGCGCGGUUCGCGGCUGCUGGCCUCUCGGUCGUUGGCAGCUACGACGUGUACCAGCCACACCUACAACUCUUCAAGCUGGCGAAGGACCAUUGCCGUCUAGGCACCAAGAUCAACGCCCGUUCGUAUGCUGCGUACGCUUCGCACGACUUUGGGUCGCAUUCCAUCACGAGCAUGCACCUCUGCGGACUAGACGACAGCCGCCACAUCGCACCCGACGGGUUUUACCCGCGGCUAGCCCCACCCGUAGACAACGUGGCGCCAAAACGGAUCGCCAAGUCGUCAACGACGUAUGCGCUCAAGUCCCCUGCUGUCACGUCCGUGCACGUGUUUGAUUUUGACUUGACGCUUGUGCGCGCCCCGGUGCGCCACCACGGCGAGUCGGUCUUGACGCCGGCCGAAGUCGCAUCCAUCGGGCCCGACUGUGUCAUCGCCAACCUCGUCGCGCCGUCGCACGUGACGCACCUCGUCGUGUACGAGGACGACGACGCGAUUCUGUCGGCGCUCACGACGUGGGCAGCAGCCUUCAGCGUCCAGCGGCCGUCGCUCGAGAUUCGCAUCAUCGACGCCAAGCGACUGCUUCCGGCCGCCAAUCCGCUCUCGGUGCUCCAGCUGCUCAAGAACCUCGGGUGCGUUCCGUCGGCCGCCCACGUCGCGCACACGCAGCACGUACUCUCGGAGCUCCAGCGUCUCUCGGGCGCCGUCCACGCUCUGCCGUUUGGCUCGCACGCGCUCGGCCGCAAAGGCGACAUUGAUGUCUGCCUCGUCGUCACCGAGCCGCCGCGCCAGGCAGUGGCCAACGUCGCCCAGCGCUUGCGCGACGUGGGCAUUAGCGACGUGUACGAGUCGGGAAGCGCCCGCUGUCCGCUGCUCAAGGUGCGCUGGCUGGACAUGACGGCGCCGCCGGUCGAGCUCGACAUUGUGUUUGUGGACGCGCGCGUCCAGUGA